GGAGAUGUAAAAAACACAGACAGCUGUGAUCUCUUAUGUUUAAACCUGACGCACCAAGACAGCAGCCGUUCCUGAACUAAACUGACAGAGGUUGAGAUGGCGUACUCCACCAAAACUCUUGCUGCUGGCAGCUUUGGGAAGGUAUACAAGGAGAAGUACAAUGACACCUGGGCUGCAAUCAAGAAGGUGCCACAACACUUAAUCAAUAGGAGAGACCUGGAGAGAGAGUGUCAAGUAUACAAAAAGGCAAUUCAUCCUAACAUAGUGAAGCUUCUGGGUAAUCCAACGCUCAAGGACUCUAAGUGGAUCAUCCCCAUGGAGUUCAUCUUUGGAGAGGAACUGGAGACAACCAUCUUCAAAUCACAAAAAUCUAAAAUACAGUUGACUCCAUCUAUAAAGGCCACCAUCAUCACAGGCAUGUGUGAAGGACUGCUUCACCUACACAGCAAAGAUAUCGUCCAUCAGGACCUCAAGCCCGAGAACAUCAUGGUAGAGCAUGAUUCUAACAGAGCUGUGAUCAUUGAUAUGGGACUUGCCAAAUUCUUCCGCAAUGGCCUAAAUUCUGCCAUGGAUAUGGGCAAUGAGGCCUACUCUCCACCUGAGGUCCUGCAAAGGAGGGGCCAGAGAGAUCAGCGCUCGGACGUGUGGGCUAUGGGUAAAAUCAUUACCGAACUUUAUGCCAGAGUCAGGCUGUACACCCCCAGUGUCUGUCCAACUAAGAUCCAGGAGAUCCUCAGUCUCCAAGGCCAGCAGUACUGUAACGCUGUCUGUAGGAUGGUGCAGAGAGACCCCAAAGUGCGGGCCACCAUGGCCGGAAUCAUGCCGGAGAUACAAAGGGCAGGGAUAGAUAGCGGUGACGGCAACACUGAGGGGGGGAAAAGAGGACAUCUUCUGACACCCUUUCCUCACACUCAGGUAAAAGACACCUUGCCACAUCCUCAAGCUCCUGUACAGCACUCACUUUCUCCAUCGAGAUUUGAGUGUGCAGCUUUUCCAAAGCCUGAGGUCAAGACAACACUAAGUCCUCAAGCUCCUGUACAGCGUUCACCAUCUCCAUCGAGAUUUGAGCGCAAUGCUUUACCAAGGUCUGAGGCCAAGACGCUAGUGGGGCCUCCUGCGCGAGCGCCUUCUCCAUCGAGAUGGGAGCGUACAGCUUCUCCAAAGCCCGAGGCCAAGACGCUAGUGCGAGCUCCUGUGCGAGCACCUUCUCCAUCGAGAUGGGAGCGUACAGCUUCUCCAAAGCCCGAGGUCAAGACGCUAGUGCGGGCUCCUGUGCGAGCACCUUCUCCAUCGAGAUGGGAGCGUACAGCUUCUCCAAAGCCUGAGGUCAAGACGCUAGUGCGAGCUCCUGUGCGAGCACCUUCUCCAUCGAGAUGGGAGCGUACAGCUUCUCCAAAGCCUGAGGUCAAGACGCUAGUGCGAGCUCCUGUGCGAGCACCUUCUCCAUCGAGAUGGGAGCGUACAGCUUCUCCAAAGCCUGAGGUCAAGACGCUAGUGCGAGCUCCUGUGCGAGCACCUUCUCCAUCGAGAUGGGAGCGUACAGCUUCUCCAAAGCCUGAGGUCAAGACGCUAGUGCGAGCUCCUGUGCGAGCACCUUCUCCAUCGAGAUGGGAGCGUACAGCUUCUCCAAAGCCUGAGGUCAAGACGCUAGUGCGAGCUCCUGUGCGAGCACCUUCUCCAUCGAGAUGGGAGCGUACAGCUUCUCCAAAGCCUGAGGUCAAGACGCUAGUGCGAGCUCCUGUGCGAGCACCUUCUCCAUCGAGAUGGGAGUGUGCAGCCUUGCCAAAGACUGAGUUGAAGUUUGAGGUGAAGACAACACUGCAACCACAACCCGUACAACGUUCACCUUCCCCGUCAAGAUGGGAGCGAGCAGCAUUGCCAAAGCCUGAGGUCAAGAACUCACCAACUCCCCUUCCAAAAGGUAGACCAUGGUAAUACUCUGGUUCCAUCAGGCAUAGCUCAACCCAAUCAAAAUGUCAUGAAACAGCUUCUCUACGAAGAGGCCUUGAAGGGUCUCCCAUGCCCACUCCCAACAACAGGCGGGGUCUGAAUCCGCCGUUAUGAGCAAAGGAAUGGGAAAGUGGAGACUUGGGAGCAAAAGGAGGUGGAGACUGAAGGAGGGAGGAUAGUCAAGUUUGAGGAUGUGAAGUUUAACAAGAAGUCGUAAGUAGGUUAUUGACAGUUUGUGAAAUAGUAGGGAGUUGAUUUGACUCUGCUUCUCCAGAGCAACAACAAUAAAAGUUGUAUUGCACUAUUAAGAAGGAAACCUGAGGUUGAGUAAGGAUUCAUGAAUGAUGUUGAAGGACUAUAUCACUUUACAGUAUUGCUACAAUGUUGCACAUCUGGUUAGGUGCCAGUUUGCAGAGGAAACUGGAGUCAAAUAACUAUCUGUGAAUGUUUCUGAAAUCUCAUCCCUAUUGCAAAUCAGUUUUAUCUUUAGCUUGAUAUCAUUCAUUUGACUGUGAACAGAAGAUACAAAAAUGUUUUUUACUAAGACAAGAGAUCUUACAUUUAGCUUACAAUUAAGAAUUAAAGUAAUAUUUUCACAAAUAUAUGCUGUGUUAUAUCCUCUUUACAAUAUGGUGGAAAAAUUGCAAGAUUAUGUUAUAAUACUU